AUCCUCUGGACAGCUGAAUACAGUCCAACUGGAGGUCGGCGUUUAAUAAAUCGUGGAUUUUUUAACGCUCCACUAUUGGACGACUUUAUUGUGCCUCUUGGAUAUCGUGGUGAACUUAUGGAUCCACACACCGGAUUUCUAUUCCAUACACCCACUUGGCAAGCUUACGAUCCCAUUGGAGGCACUUUGACAAGUCCUGAUUGGCGUCGAGCUGCCACCUCUCGUCUUCAACGUCUUCACAGUCAUCCACAAGCAUUGGACCUUCACACCUGGUUCUCUGAAAGCAAUAACCUAGAUCCACUAGUACGAUUGCAGCAAGCGAUGAAAGGUCCAACUUGGUGGUUGCGUAGUCUUGAUCGUGGAAUUGAUCGUCUCUUCCCACGUCUUCAUCUAGAAACUGGAGCCAUUUCGGCUCCGUCUUUGGAGAGGGAACUCAAUCUCCUGCCAACAAAGUGUAGUCAAGGUCUAGUAAUGACUUCUGAACAACUUCAACAGGCUAGACGUAUUAAUGAUCAAUUGGAAGGUCUUGGAAUCGUUGAUCCAACACGACUGGCGUCUGGUACAGCUUUUGGAGCGUGGUUUGAUGUCGCCUGUCCAAUUGCUAGAAUUAAGACAACUCCUCCCGUUUUUGGUGUAGAUGUCAGUUUCUCUCUUUCCUCCGAUGGAACUAUCUCGGUUUCUCGAAGUGAAAACAACAUAUCACUUGCCAAGAUUGCUAAGGUUCUUUUCUCUGGUGCAAAGCUGAUGGACUCUUGGUACCUCCCGACUCCUUCUCACGGUGGGAUGGCAGCUGUGACCUCCUUUGUCCAACUUUUUGUCAAAGUCACACCGCCUCUGAAUGCUGAUCUUCAAACUUUGCAACUUCAACGCUCCACUCUGCUAUCGCAUACCCCAAUUCGUUUAGGAGGCAGUGGGUCACCACUUAGUGGGGUUAGGGUGAGUUUAGACAAUUCUGCAGGUGCUGAAUUACGCAUCAGUUCUGCAGCUUCACCAGGAGUUGAAUGGCGGCUUCGAUACGAAGAGAAUUGGGCAGUGGCAAGUGGACGAGUACUUCGGGAAGCCCAAAGUCGUGGUAUUGAAGGCGCUCAACGGCGAGCAGCCCAGAGGGUAGGCGACAGAAGUCGUGGACCACGAACUUCCCCAAAACCCUGGCCUCCAUGGCCUUCAACUUCAGAAGAAAUGCGUCAAAUGGAAAGUGAAGGUGGCGUUGUAAAGGGUUUCGCUUGGAAGCCUGUGAUUCGAGAACCCAAGAGGGCGGCAGUACUCACUGAACUUCUGGACGACCCUGCCAUAUACCAACUGCGACCAGUGAAUGAGAAAUCUGUAUCAGUUGAGAACUGA